AUUGAAUCCAGUUAAUUAGCUGCUACUGCCAUGCCUCUUUCUCUCUUUCCUUUUCAUCUCUCAGUCCAAAUUACUCCAUGCAAAUGAUAUGAAGAAGAAGAAUGCAGCAGUCCUGUGAUUGUUGUCAAUAUAAUUUUUGAUUGAAGAAAAAGGUAAAAUUAAGAUGGCGAAGAGAUACCAGCCAACGGUAGCAGAUGACGAGUCAUCAUCAACGGCAGCUCAAAAUUCUGAUCGCGCCGUCGCUAGACACCAUAAACACAUUUUCCCCCUGCUAAUUGUCUGCAUUGUAAUUCUCUCCGUCGCUACUUCCUUUUUUUUCUUCUUCUUCUUCUUCAGGCGAAAACUCCUCCCGAUUAUCCGGCGACGAUUCGCAACUCAAGGGAGGUUGAAAGCUGAGAAAUUAAUGUUGAGAGGGUUCGAGUUGGGGGAACUAGAGAAGGCGACAAACAAUUUCAGCGAAGACUGCUUGUUGGGAUGUGGUGCAUUUGGGAAUGUGUACAAGGGUAACUUUCAUCUACAAGGCACACUAGCCAUCAAGAGGGCUCGCCCAAAUUCUUACCAUACCUUACAAGAGUUUAGAAAUGAAGUUAGGCUUCUCGCAAAAGUUAAACACAGGAAUCUAGUAGCUCUGGUUGGAUUUUGUGAACAACCAGGAUUAAGAGGGGAAAAAAUCUUGGUUUAUGAGUAUGUACCUAAUGGCUCUCUGCUCGAGUAUAUAAUGGGGACAGGAGGGAAGAGCUUAAGUUGGAGACAAAGAGUAAAGAUAGCUAUAGGAGCUGCAAAAGGCAUUGCUUAUUUGCAUGAGGGUGUAAAGCCAAGUAUAAUUCAUAGAGACAUAAAACCAAGCAACAUAAUGAUAGGAGAAACUUUUGAAGCCAAGGUUUCAGAUUUUGGUCUGGUCAAACUUGGACCUGUUGGGGAUCAAUCACACGUGAUGAGCAGCCAGAUUAAAGGCACACCAGGCUACCUUGAUCCUGCUUAUUGCUCAACCCUUCAUUUGAGUCCUUCCUCUGAUGUCUACAGCUUUGGAGUCAUACUCCUUCAACUUGUUACUGCUAGACCAGUUGUUGAUACAGCAAGAACCAAACCAAAUUAUCACAUCAUUGAAUGGGCAAGGCUUAGUAUAGAGCGCAAGAAAAUUGAAGAAAUCAUAGAUGCAAAACUUUUACUAGACCGAUAUUGCAACAUGGAAAUGAUGCUGAAGAUGGCACAACUCAGUCUUAGAUGUGUGGUAAAGAACCCCAAAGAUCGACCCACGAUGACUCAGGUGUGGCAAGAGUUGGAAGUUGCGUUUAAUUCAACUGUCAGCUUCAUUGGCAAGAGACUUUCGAGGAAUGUUUCUCGGGUAUCAGCUGGUGAGUCUGGUAAUAGAUCAAUGGAGUAUGACUAUUCUCAAAGCAUCGUAAGCUUAGAUGGUGUAAAAUUGGAGAGGUUUCUUGUUGAAAUGGAUAGUGUCUCCUUUCAGAGUGAGAAAUUAAGAUGUCUGGAAGCUAAUAGCUUUAGCUUUGAUGUUGAUGAUGUAAACAAUAGGAAAGUAGUUGUUGAGGAAACAGAGAGCGAAAAUGGAGAAGAGAGGUUGAUCUCAUAAGGUGUUGUAAUCGAGAAGGAAAU